AUGGCAAAGGAGUUGCAUUUUAACACGGAUGGUUCUGCUAUCAAGAAGCUACAAACGGGCGUUAACAAACUUGCAGACCUAGUUGGUGUUACUCUUGGCCCGAAAGGAAGAAAUGUAGUUUUAGAGAGCAAGUAUGGCUCCCCAAAAAUUGUUAAUGCAGGUGUAACUGUUGCUAAGAAGGUUGAGUUGGAGGAUCCUGUAGAGAACAUUGGUACUAUAUUGGUGAGGCAGGCUGCUUCAAAGACCAAUGAUUUCGCUGGUGAUGGAACAACCACAUCGGUUUUUCUUGCCCAAGGUUUGAUAACGGAAGGUGUAAAGGUGGUUGCUGCUGGCGCAAAUCCUAUUCAAAUAGCAAGAGGAAUUGAAACAACUACUAAGGCCCUGGUGUCUGACCUCAAAUCGAUGUCCAAAGAGGUUGAAGACAGUAAACUGGCAGAUGUGGCUGCUGUUAGUGCAGGAAACAACUAUGAAGUAGGCAAUAUGAUUGAUGAAGCUAUGGGAAAAGUGGGAAGAAAAGGCAUAGUGACUCUUGAGGAAAGUAACAGUUCGGAAAACAACUUGUAUGUUGUUGGAGGGAUGCAAUUUGACCGUGGUUAUAUCUCUCCUUACUUUGUUACCGACAAUGAGAAAAUGGUUGUUGAAUAUGAAAAUUGUAAGGUACUUGGCAAGUGUUAUGGAUCAAUUCCAAAUCAAGUUCUUUUCUGCAGGUGGAUCCCUCAGGAUUCUAUUUUGCAAGAAGACAUUGAACAGGAAGCUCUUGCUACUCUUGUUGUAAACAAGCUCAGAGGGCCAUUAAAGAUUGUUGCAAUGAAAGUCCCUGGUUUUGGAGAGCGCAAAAGUCAAUAUCUUGAUGAUAUUGCAAUACUCAUUGGAGGCACUGUGAUUAGAGAUGCGGUUGGGUUAUAUUUGGACAAAGCUGAGAAGGAGGUCUUAGGGCAUGCUGCAAAAGUGGUGCUCGCUAAGAAGACUGCUACAAUUGUUGGUGAUGGAAGCACACAUGAAGCUGUGAAUAAGAGAGUUUCCCAGAUCAAGAACCUUGUUAAGAAAACAUAUCAGGAAUAUGAAAAAGAAAAGCUCAGUGAGAGAACUACAAAACUCUCAAGUGGUGUUAUUGUCAUUCAAGUUGGAGCAGAUAUUGUUAAAAGGGCAUUGAGCUAUUUAAUGAAGUUGAUUGCCAAGAAUGUUGGGGUUAACGGGAGUGUUGUCAUCGAAAAGGUAAUGUCAAAUAGCAACACUAACUAUGGUUAUAAUGCUGCAACUGGAAACUAUGAGGAUCUGAUAGCAGUCGGACUUAGACAAGGGGCGAUUAUCAGAGGAGAGCAAAAUGAUGCCCAAAGACUUUUGGAGGCUAUAACUGUAGCUGAAAAGCUGACUGAGCUUGUAGGUGACAAGCCAAGUAGCGAUGUGUCGUCCAGGCCCAUGCCCAGAGAUAGUGGCAACAGUGGUGGAGACUGGGAAAAUGUGCAACGGAGAUAUGGUAGAGAAAGCUCUUUGAAUGACCAAGGUGAGCCAUCGACUGUUCGUAGCCAAGGAAAGCCGUUAGAAAAGAAUGACAAGGCUAAGUCCUAUGUAAAGAAGAAGGAGAGCAAGGAAAAAUUGAAGUGCUAUUUUUGUGAUGGUUCUCAUUUGAUUAGAGGAUGUCCCAAUAAGAAUCGCCUUACAUCCAUCAUGAAUAGGAUGGAAGAAGGAGAAGUAACGGGAAUUGUCGUGGUCACAAGUGUUAAAGCUACUAAGCCAGGAAAAAAGACUUGGCCCGAUUGA